AUGCACAGCUAUGCUUCUUGUGAUAGAUUGCACAUAACAGCAGCAGUUGAAAGUAUUCUUACUAAGCACACCACACAAAUGAGUGAUGAGGAAGAGGAUGAUGAUGGCUGUGACCUUUUCGCUGACUCUGAGAAGGAGGAGGAAGAUAUUGAGGACAUUGAAGAAAAUACUAGACCUAAAAGAAGCAGACCUACAUCGUUUGCAGAUGAGCUGGCUGCCCGCAUCAAGGGGGAUGCCUUGGGCCGAGUGGACGAGGAGCCCACAACCUUAUCCUCAGGAGAAGCAAAACCUCGGAAGACACUCAAAGAGAAGAAGGAAAGGAGAACUCCUUCAGACGAUGAAGAGGAUAACUUAUUCGCACCCCCCAAGCUGACCGACGAGGACUUCUCGCCAUUUGGCUCUGGAGGCGGCCUGUUCAGUGGGGGCAAGGGGCUCUUUGAUGAUGAGGACGAGGAGAGUGACCUCUUCACGGAAGCCCCGCAGGAUCGGCAAGCUGGAGCCUCUGUUAAGGAGGAGUCUUCGUUAUCCAAACCUGGAAAGAAAAUCCCAGCAGGAGCUGUUUCUGUGUUUUUAGGAGACAUGGAUGUGUUUGGUGCUGCCUCCGUUCCAUCACUGAAGGAGCCACAGAAGCCUGAGCAGCCCACUCCAAGGAAAAGCCCCUACGUUCCCCCUCCCACUGGCCUCUUUGAUGAUGAGGAUGGUGAUGAUGAUGACGACUUUUUCUCGACACCCCGCAGCAAACCUUCCAAAACAGGCAAAGUCCAAUCCACUGCCAAUAUCUUUGGUGACGAUGAAGGAGAUCUGUUCAAAGAAAAAGCCGUAGCAUUGCCAGAAGCCACUGUGAGUCAGACAGAUGAAAAUAAAGCAAGAGCAGAAAACAAGGUUACCUUACCUUCCAGCAAAAAUCUCAAGCCCUUGUCAGAAACAAAGACUCAAAAAGGCUUAUUUUCAGAUGAGGAGGACUCUGAGGAUUUGUUUUCUUCUCAAAGUGCGAGUAAGUUAAAAGGUGCAUCUCUGCUGCCUGGCAAGCUCCCCACGUCGGUUUCCCUGUUUGAUGAUGAAGAUGAAGAGGAUAAUCUUUUUGGGGGUACAGCAGCUAAGAAGCAGACAUUGUCUCUACAAGCUCAGAGAGAAGAGAAAGCAAAACCCUCCGAGCUCUCCAAAAAGAAAGCAUCUGCCCUGUUGUUCAGCAGUGAUGAGGAGGUGAGCUGAGGUUUCUCCUAAAGAAGAUGGGAUUAUUUCAUGGGAUUUAAGAGUUAAAGCCAUCCCAAGUAUUUUCUUUUUCUACCUGUUUUAUAUCUCUUGAUGUUCAGUCACUAAAGGCGAUGUUCCCAAGAUUGUCUUUUCUGAAGGAAGACAUUUAAUGUAAUAUAUCAAUUUGAAGAUGAAUCUCUUCAAAUUGGUUAGGAAUAUGUAUGACUCCCACUCCUUCAAAUGAGUUAGGCCGGCUAGGGGAGAAAUGAUUUCUCACCCAUCGCUAGGUUCAUGGUCAAGUUCCCUAGAACAAAUGACAGAUUAACCAGAGAAGGGUGUGCAAGUUUACUUAAGAUAAGUUUUACCAGACACAGGAGCCUUCAGAAAGGAAAACUCAAAAAACAGGAAAUCCUGUGUCAAUUUCAUGCUGUCUGAUGAAGAAGCGGACAGUUUUGGAGAAGCACGAUUAGAUGAAAGGGGUGUGACCUGAUGGGAAUAAGCUGGGGGAGCUCAGCAAGGCCUGCGUUGUCAGAUCAUUCUCUGCAUCUUUACAAAUAAGGAGGCUCCUUUCCUCUGGGAAUAGGGAGGACUGGAAUGAAGGUCUCAUGACCUACUCCAGAGAGGGUUAGAGGAUUCUUCUAUGGCCGGCUUCAGAGGAGAAGGGCCAGGGAAAGGUCAGAGAGACCUUUCUGCUUCUUUUUUCUCAAAUGUCAAGGUCAUAUUUUGAGGUAGCAUGUCCCGUAUACCCCAAUGACCAUAUAUACUAGUAUCUUGUUAAAUGAUUACUGUGUUUCAUUAAUUUAGAACUAUGGUUAGGAGGAGUUACCUAUGGAGGUUAAACUCCUUUUUGAGGGAAUCUUAACAAUAUUUCUGUUUGUGAUCUGGAUAGAUAUUACCAAAUCAGUUAGUUUAGUUGCUAACUCAAUCAGAUUUAGUAGCAGGGAACCAGAUUUAGCUGUGCAGAAAAAGACUUUAAAUAUGAUGAUAUAAAAAAUCCUGAGUAUUAAACAUCUUCCUGUGUUAUAAUAAUUCCUCUUUUUUUUAACAUUGUAGGCAAGUUAGGAGGGGAUGAAGUGGAUAUAUGUCAUAGAUAUGUUCAUGUUCUUAUUGAAAGCAAUUUAAAAAUUCCAAGGCAGAUUGCAAAAAAAAUGUAUUAAAAGCUUAUGUGGCCGGGCGUGGUGGUUCGUGCCUGUAAUCCCAGCACUUUGAGAUUCUGAGGCGGGCAGAUCACUUGAGGUCGGGAGUUUGAGACCAGCCAGACCAACAUGGAGAAACCCUGUCUCUAUUAAAAAUACAAAAAAAUUAUCCAAGUGUGGUGGCGCAUGCCUGUAAUCCCAACUACUCAGGAGGCUGAAGCAGGAGAAUCACUUGAACCCAGGAGACGGAGGUUGUUGUGAGCCGAGAUCCUGCCAUUGCACUCCAGCCUGGGCAACGAGCGAAACUCCGUCUCAAAAAAAAAAAAAAAAAAAGAAAAAAAAAACUUAUGAAACACAUGUGAACAAGACACGACGAAAAACUGCUAGUAAUCCUUUUACUACAAAAGUCUGGC